AUGGCUGAAGCAGAGCAGUCGAAGCAGCUCCAAGACGAACGCCAUAUUCGCUCUCUGGCUGAGAUUGCAGAGGCUAGUCUGCUGAAAGAGCUGAAGUCAUGUCUCAGACUCCAGUCACGCAAGGCAAUCUUUGCUUGUGGUGGUACAGUAAACUUCACACCAGACAACAAGCAGAAGGCUGCACUUGCUAACGGUAUCGGCGGCAUCCCCUCGAUCGACCUGCGUUUUGGGGAAAGCGGCAAAGGCAUGACACUCACCCUGCCAAUCCAGACCGACAACUCUUCUCAAUUCACUGCGCUUCUAAGUGCCUGCCAGCCGGCUUCGUUUGGCAGGAGCAACGAAGAAGUCUUCGAAGAGGAGUAUCGCAAGGCCAGCAAACUCGAUCGUACAGCCUUCGCCACAAACUUCUGUCCCUAUGAGGCCGGCAUCAUCGACGUCGUCGCUCAACUCUUGCUAUCACCGAGUAGUCAGCGGGAGCACAAGCGAAGCAUCAAGGCGGAGCUUUACAAGCUCAACGUCUACGGUGCCCCAAGUGGAAAGUUCAAAGCUCACGUCGACACCCCUAGAAGCGAAGAUCAGAUCGGCAGUCUUGUGGUGUGUUUGCCUCUCGAUCACGAAGGCGGUCAACUGGUGGUCCGCAACUCUGGCAAAGAACUCACUUUCGACUGGUCCCAGAGAGGCGAUACUGAUCGACCGGACGUCAAGUGGGGCAGCCUUCUACAGCGACUGCGAGCACGAAGUCCGUGA